AAUGAAAGAAUAACGUGAUUCGAUUCAUCAUACAGUGUGUACAUUCGUUUGGUGCUAAAAGACCAACGCAAAAUAACUUUAUACUACUUUUUUCCACUUGUUUAGAAUUUUUUCUAUUUUCCGAAUAAAAAAAUGUCAACAGUUGCGAGUGCUUUAUCAAUUGCCGGUUCACGAACCUCUGGCGCACCAGUUCGUACACAAAAUGUUAUGGCAGCAGCUGCAAUUGCCAACAUUCUUAAGAGCUCAUUGGGCCCAGUCGGUUUGGAUAAAAUGAUGGUCGACGACAUCGGUGAUGUUACCAUUACCAAUGACGGUGCCACAAUUCUCAGACUUUUGGAAGUUGAACAUCCAGCCGCCAAAGUUUUGGUUGAAUUAGCUCAAUUGCAAGACGAUGAAGUUGGCGAUGGAACCACAUCUGUUGUCAUUUUGGCUGCUGAACUUUUGAAGAAUGCCGAUGAAUUGGUGAAACAAAAAAUUCAUCCAACUUCAAUAAUCUCCGGAUAUCGUUUGGCAUGUAAAGAAGCCUGCAAAUACAUUUCGGAGCAUUUAACAGCGCCAGUUGAUGAUUUGGAUCGUGAGACCAUCAUAAAUGUUGCCAAAACAUCAAUGAGCUCAAAAUUGAUUGGAGCCGAUGCAAAUUUCUUUGCUGCCAUGGUGGUUGAUGCUGCUCAAGCCGUUAAGAUUUUGGAUCCAAAAGGAAAUCCAGCAUAUCCAAUUAAAGCUGUCAACGUACUUAAAGCUCAUGGAAAAUCAGCCCGCGAAAGUAUUAUUGUUCAAGGCUAUGCUCUUAACUGUACCAUUGCCUCGCAACAAAUGCCACGAAAGAUAACCGGCGCCAAAAUUGCCUGUUUGGAUUUCUCAUUGCAAAAGACAAAAAUGAAGAUGGGCGUCCAAGUUCUGACCAACGAUCCAGACAAUUUGGAAAAAAUUCGUGCACGUGAAUUGGACAUCACCAAAGAGCGUAUCAAUCGCAUUUUGGCAACCGGUGUCAAUGUUGUUUUGUGCUCAGGUGGCAUUGAUGAUUUGUGUUUGAAAUAUUUCGUUGAGGCCGGAGCAAUGGCUGUUCGUCGUGUGAAAAAAUCCGAUUUGAAACGUAUUGCCAAGGCAACCGGUGCAUCAUAUUUGACAUCACUUACAAAUCUUGAAGGUGAAGAACAAUUCGAUGCAUCAAAUGUUGGAGAAGCAGCCGAAGUCACCCAAGAGGUCAUUUGCGAUGAUGAACUCAUCUUGAUCAAAGGACCAAAAGCAAGAACGGCAUCAUCAAUUAUCUUGCGUGGUCCAAAUGACUUCUACUGUGAUGAAAUGGAACGAUCAGUUCACGAUUCAUUGUGCGUUGUUAAACGGGUGUUGGAAGGCAAAAAAGUUGUUGCUGGCGGUGGUUGUGUUGAAGCUGCCCUUUCAAUCUACUUGGAGAACUUUGCUACUUCAUUGAGCUCACGGGAACAAUUGGCCAUCGCUGAGUUUGCCAAAUCAUUGUUGGUUAUCCCAAAAACGCUGGCCGUAAACGCAGCCAAGGAUGCCACCGAUUUAGUAGCAAAAUUGCGCGCCUACCACAAUUCCAGCCAGACAAAAGUCGAUCACGCCAAUCUUAAGUGGGUCGGCUUGGAUCUGGUACAAGGUGAAGUUAGAGACAACAAAAAAGCCGGUGUUUUGGAGCCAGCCAUGUCGAAGAUCAAAUCAUUGAAAUUCGCCACAGAAGCCGCUAUCACAAUUCUUCGUAUCGACGAUUUAAUCAAAUUGAAUCCCGAAGAUAAAGGAGACGCAAGAAACUAUGCUGAUGCACGGGCACGCGGUGAAUUGUAAACAGUUAUAAUGAAUUCCAACCAUCUUCAGUUCACGAAAUACAACUCAUUCACACAAACACAAACACACCUCACCAAACAAACACGAAAACUAGCUUGCAUUUUUUUCUCUAUGUUUAACAUUAUAUCGGCUUAAAGAAAAACUGAAACGAACACCUUGGAACAAUCUAAACACAUAAAUUUAUUCGAUUUAUUGAAAACUAUUAUGUAGCUAAUGUAUUUUUUUCUCGUUUAAAACAAUUAACAAUAAAUUACAAGUGAAGAAAAGCUUUCAAAUUUA